AUGACCAAGAGCUGGUAUGGAUCCAGUGCCAAGGCAGAGGACGACACGGAGCCGUAUUUCAUCGGCAUCUUUUGCUUCGAGGCUGGGAUCAAGAUCAUCGCCCUGGGCUUCGUGCUGCACAAGGGCUCCUACCUGCGCAACGGCUGGAACGUCAUGGACUUCGUGGUGGUUCUCACGGGGAUCCUCGCCACUGCCGGCACCGACUUCGACCUGCGGACGCUGCGGGCGGUGCGGGUGCUGCGGCCCCUCAAGCUGGUGUCGGGGAUUCCGAGCCUGCAGGUGGUGCUCAAGUCCAUCAUGAAGGCCAUGGUCCCGCUGCUGCAGAUCGGGCUGCUGCUCUUCUUCGCUAUCCUCAUGUUCGCCAUCAUCGGCCUGGAGUUCUACAUGGGCAAGUUCCACAAGGCCUGCUUCUCCAAUGGCACAGGUGAGGCGGCGCGGGGNNNNUUCCCCUGCGGCAAGGAGGCGCCCGCCCGGCUGUGCGAGGGCGACACCGAGUGCCGGGAGUACUGGCAGGGCCCCAACUUCGGCAUCACCAACUUCGACAACAUCCUGUUCGCCGUCCUGACGGUGUUCCAGUGCAUCACCAUGGAGGGCUGGACCGACAUCCUCUACAACACAAACGAUGCUGCCGGCAACACCUGGAACUGGCUGUACUUCAUCCCCCUCAUCAUCAUCGGCUCCUUCUUCAUGCUCAACCUGGUGCUGGGCGUGCUCUCAGGGGAGUUCGCCAAGGAGCGCGAGCGGGUGGAGAACCGCCGGGCCUUCCUGAAGCUGCGGCGGCAGCAGCAGAUCGAGCGGGAGCUUAACGGCUACCUGGAGUGGAUCUUCAAGGCCGAGGAAGUCAUGCUGGCCGAGGAGGACAAGAACGCAGAGGAGAAGUCCCCCCUGGAUGUGCUGAAGCGGGCGGCCACCAAGAAGAGUCGCAACGACCUGAUCCACGCCGAGGAGGGCGAGGACCGCUUUGCAGACCUCUGUGCUGUGGGGUCCCCCUUCGCCCGCGCCAGCCUCAAGAGCGGGAAGACGGAGGGCUCGUCCUACUUCCGCCGGAAGGAGAAGAUGUUCCGGUUCUUCGUGCGGCGCAUGGUGAAGGCGCAGAGCUUCUACUGGGUGGUGCUGUGCGUGGUGGCCCUGAACACACUGUGCGUGGCCAUGGUGCACUACAACCAGCCCCAGCGGCUCACCACCGCGCUGUACUUUGCAGAGUUUGUUUUCCUGGGUCUCUUCCUCACAGAGAUGUCCCUGAAGAUGUACGGCCUGGGGCCCAGGAGCUACUUCCGGUCCUCCUUCAACUGCUUCGACUUCGGGGUCAUCGUGGGGAGCAUCUUUGAAGUGGUCUGGGCGGCCAUCAAGCCGGGAACCUCCUUUGGGAUCAGUGUGCUGCGGGCUCUCCGGCUGCUGAGGAUCUUCAAGGUCACAAAGGAAGGCCGGGGACUUGACUACGUCCUCGCGCAGGUCCUCUGGCUGCUGUCCUCACACAGCGCUGCCCGGGGCCCUGGAGUACGUGCCGGGGGGAGGAGGGUGCUGGGCAUGCAGCUCUUCGGGGGGCAGUUCAACUUUAAAGAAGAGACUCCAACAACCAACUUUGACACCUUCCCCGCCGCCAUCCUCACUGUCUUCCAGAUCCUGACGGGAGAGGACUGGAACGCAGUGAUGUAUCACGGGAUCGAGUCGCAGGGCGGCGUCAGCAAAGGCAUGUUCUCGUCCUUUUACUUCAUCGUCCUGACGCUGUUUGGAAACUACACCUUGCUGAAUGUCUUCCUGGCCAUCGCCGUGGACAACCUCGCCAACGCCCAGGAGCUGACCAAGGAUGAGGAGGAGAUGGAAGAGGCCGCCAAUCAGAAGCUUGCUCUGCAAAAGGCCAAGGAAGUGGCUGAAGUCAGCCCCAUGUCGGCCACGAACGUCUCCAUUGCCACUUGUGUAAGGCACACGCGGGGUGCUGUGUCUCGCAGCUCAUCUGUCUCCAGCGUGAACUCGCAGCAGAACGCCAAGGCGCGAUCGGUGUGGGAGCAGCGGACCAGCCAGCUGCGCCUGCAGAACGCACCCGAGGAGGCUGUGGAGAAGGAGGGCGAGGCGGAGGACAAGGACAAGGACAAGGAGCCACGGGACCCCCAGCCCCAGGAGCCACACUGUGACCUGGAGGCCGGCGCCGCGUUGGGCGUGGGCCUGGUGCGCGCCCUGCCCAGCACCUGCGUGCAGAAGGCGGAGGAGCAGCCGGGGGAUGCGGAUAACCAGCGGAACGUCACUCGGAUGGGCACGCAGCCCUCAGAGCCCAGCGCCGCUGUGCACGCCCCAGUGGCGCCCGGACCCCCUGGGGAGACCACGGCUGUGCUCAGUGGCAACGUGGACCUGGAGAGCCAGGCGGAGGGGAAGGAGGGGGAGGCCGAUGGCGUGAUGCGGAGCGGCCCCCGGCCCGUCGUCCCCUACAGCUCCAUGUUCUGUCUCAGCCCCACCAACCUGCUCCGCCGCCUCUGCCACUACAUUGUGACCAUGCGGUACUUCGAGAUGGUCAUCCUCGUGGUCAUCGCACUGAGCAGCAUCGCCCUGGCCGCCGAGGACCCCGUGCGCGCAGACUCGCCCCGGAACAACGUCCUGAAGUACAUGGACUACAUCUUCACGGGCGUCUUCACCUUCGAGAUGGUGAUAAAGAUGAUUGACCUGGGACUGCUGCUGCACCCGGGGGCCUACUUCCGGGACCUGUGGAACAUUCUGGACUUCAUUGUGGUCAGUGGGGCCCUGGUGGCGUUUGCCUUCUCGAGCUUCAUGGGCGGCUCCAAAGGGAAGGACAUCAACACCAUCAAGUCCCUGCGGGUCCUGCGCGUCCUGCGGCCCCUCAAGACCAUCAAGCGGCUGCCGAAGCUCAAGGCCGUGUUCGACUGCGUGGUGAACUCGCUGAAGAACGUGCUCAACAUCCUCAUCGUCUACAUGCUCUUCAUGUUCAUCUUCGCCGUCAUCGCCGUGCAGCUGUUCAAGGGCAAGUUUUUCUACUGCACCGACGAGUCCAAGGAGCUGGAGCGGGACUGCAGGGGCCAGUACCUGGACUACGAGCGGGAGGAGGUGGAGGCCCAGCCACGGCAGUGGAAGAAGUACGACUUCCACUACGACAACGUGCUCUGGGCCCUGCUCACGCUGUUCACCGUGUCCACAGGGGAAGGCUGGCCCAUGGUGCUGAAGCACUCGGUGGACGCCACCUACGAGGAGCAAGGCCCGAGCCCAGGGUACCGCAUGGAGCUGUCCAUCUUCUACGUGGUCUACUUCGUGGUCUUCCCCUUCUUCUUCGUCAACAUCUUCGUGGCCUUGAUCAUCAUCACCUUCCAGGAGCAGGGGGACAGGGCGAUGUCGGCGUGCAGCCUGGAGAAGAACGAGAGAGCGUGCAUUGACUUCGCCAUCAGCGCCAAGCCCCUGACGCGAUACAUGCCUCAGAACAAGCAGUCCUUCCAGUACAAGACGUGGACAUUCGUGGUCUCACCGCCCUUCGAGUACUUCAUCAUGGCCAUGAUCGCCCUCAACACCGUGGUGCUGAUGAUGAAGUUCUACGACGCGCCCUACGAGUACGAGCUGAUGCUCAAGUGCCUGAACAUCGUGUUCACGUCCAUGUUCUCCAUGGAGUGUGUGCUCAAGAUCGUCGCCUUCGGGGUGCUGAACUACUUCCGAGAUGCCUGGAAUGUCUUCGACUUCGUCACGGUGCUGGGCAGCAUCACCGACAUCCUCGUCACGGAGAUCGCGAACAACUUCAUCAACCUCAGCUUCCUGCGCCUGUUCCGUGCGGCGCGGCUCAUCAAGCUGCUGCGCCAGGGCUACACCAUCCGCAUCCUGCUCUGGACCUUCGUGCAGUCCUUCAAGGCCUUGCCCUACGUGUGCCUCCUGAUCGCCAUGCUGUUCUUCAUCUACGCCAUCAUCGGCAUGCAGGUGUUUGGAAACAUCGCCCUGGACGACGACUCCAGCAUCAACAGGCACAACAACUUCCGGACGUUUCUGCAGGCGCUGAUGCUGCUGUUCAGGAGCGCCACCGGGGAGGCCUGGCACGAGAUCAUGCUGUCCUGCCUCAGCAACCAGAAAUGCGACGAGCACGCCCAUGCCAGCGAGUGCGGCAGCGACUUCGCCUACUUCUACUUCGUCUCCUUCAUCUUCCUCUGCUCCUUCCUGAUGUUGAACCUGUUUGUGGCGGUGAUCAUGGACAAUUUUGAGUACCUCACGCGGGACUCUUCCAUCCUAGGGCCUCACCACCUGGACGAGUUCAUCAGGGUCUGGGCCGAGGACGACCCGGCUGCCUGCGGGCGCAUCACUUACAGUGACAUGUUUGAGAUGCUGAAGCACAUGCCCCCGCCCCUGGGGCUGGGGAAGCGCUGCCCCGCGCGAGUGGCCUACAAGCGCCUGGUCCGCAUGAACAUGCCCAUCUCCAGCGAGGACAUGACCGUCCACUUCACGUCCACGCUGAUGGCCCUCAUCCGCACGGCGCUGGAGAUCAAGCUGGCCCCAGCCGGCUCGAAGCAGCACCAGUGCGAUGCGGCACUGCGGAAGGAGAUCGCCGCGGUGUGGGCCAACCUGCCCCAGAAGACCUUGGACCUGCUGGUGCCGCCCCACAGACCUGACGAGAUGACCGUGGGGAAGGUCUACGCAGCCCUGAUGAUCUUCGACUUCUACAAGCAGAGCAAGACCAGCAGGGACCAGACCCACCCCGCUCCUGGCCUGUCCCAGAUGGGCCCCGGGUCCCUGUUCCACCCCCUGAAGCCCCCGCUGGAGAAGACACAGCCGCCGGUGCUCAGGGGGGCCCACGUGUUUCUUCAGCAGAAGAGCCCCCUCAGCAACGGCGGGGCCAUACAAACCCCAGAGGGCGACCUCAAGGAGUCCAUUUCCGGGGGCGCCCAGAGGGCCCAGGAGGUGCCACACGCUGCCAGGGCCCCCCUGGAACGAGGCCACUCGACAGAGAUCCCAGUGGUGCAGCCAGGAAAACCGGCUGUGGAUGUCCAGAUGCAGAGCAUGGCCCUGAGGGGCCCUGACGGGGAGCCCCAGCCCGGGCUGGAGAGCCAGGGCCGAGCGGCCUCCAUGCCUCGCCUGGCAGCGGAGUCACAGGUGGGUGGUCUGGGGAUGCCGCUAGGGGGGAGGGGAGGCCUGGCGGAGGGGCUGGGUCCGUUGGGUGGAGCCUCUGCCCUGUGCUGCAGCCUGGACACUGUCAGCCAGCCCCACCACCACCACCGCUGCCACCGGCGCAGGGACAGGAAGCAGAAGUCCCUGGAGAAGGGGCCCAGCCUGUCCGCAGACACGGAUGGCGCCCCCAGCAGCACCGCAGGGCCAGGGCCCCCCCCGGGAGAGGGGCCCCCAGGCCGGCGGGAGCGCAGGCAGGAGCGGGGCCGGUCCCAGGAGCGCAGGCAGCCCUCCUCCUCCUCCUCCGAGAAGCAGCGCUUCUACUCCUGUGACCGCUUUGGGGGCCGGGAGCCCCCGCUACCCAGGCCCGCCCUCAGCAGCCACCCCACGUCGCCGACGGCCGGGCAGGAGCCAGGACCCCCGAGACAGGGCAGCGGUUCCAUGGACGGGAGCCCCCUGCUGUCCACAUCUGGUGCUAGCACCCCAGGCCGUGGUGGGCGGAGGCAGCUCCCCCAGACUCCACUGACGCCCCGGCCCAGCGUCACCUACAAGACGGCCAACUCCUCGCCCGUGCACUUCGCUGGGGCCCAGGGCAGCCUCCCCCCCUUCUCCCCGGGCCGGCUCAGCCGGGGCCUUUCGGAACACAACGCCCUGCUCCAGAGAGACCCCCUGGCCCAGCCCCUGGCC